UAUCUUGCCACGCACCCCACCCCCACCCCUAUCCCCUCCCAAAAAUUUCAUCAUUUUCCUCAUCUUUCGCUCUCUUUCACACACUCAACACGGAAAAUUUCACACGUUUGGAUGCAAAUCUUGCAAGUUUUCUAAACGUUUUAGGCAUCCAAGCAAAGCAAGAAAAGAGUAAAGCGGAAGUCAGAAUCAGACCCCUUUAUAUUCUCUCUAUCACUCCUCUCUCUUCUUUCUCUCUCAUAAAAACACAUUCAAUUGAUAGCUUCCAUCAAACUUGGAGCUUAAUUAUAUCCUCUUCAGUAUUAAAAACUAUGGGGAGUUUGAGUGGUGCUUUGGUGCUACCAUCGAAGCUGAAACCAGACGAGAAUCCCUCUAAUUUCUGUCUGCACAGAAGCAGAAGGAGAAUCAGAAAGACUCAGCCCACCACACUUGUUCCUGUCGCGAGGUUAUUUGGGCCAGCUAUAUUCGAGGCAUCGAAGCUGAAAGUUCUGUUUCUGGGAGUAGAUGAAAAGAAGCAGCUUCCAAGAACUUACACACUCACACACAGUGAUAUCACUUCUAAGCUCACUCUUGCCAUCUCUCAAACGAUCAAUAAUUCCCAGUUGCAAGGAUGGUACAAUAGACUGCAGAGAGAUGAAGUGGUAGCGGAAUGGAAGAAAAUCAAAACGAAGAUGUCUCUUCAUGUCCAUUGUCACAUAAGUGGUGGUCAUUUCCUGUUGGAUCUCUGUGCUAAGCUUAGAUACUAUAUUUUCUGCAAAGAACUCCCCGUGGUGUUGAAGGCUUUUGUCUAUGGAGAUGAGAACCUGUUCAACAACUACCCAGAGCUACAAGAUGCUUUGGUGUGGGUGUAUUUCCACUCCAACCUUCCAGAAUUCAACAAGGUGGAGUGCUGGGGCCCACUGAAGGAGGCUUCAUCACCGUCCGAUGGGCGCGGUGCGGCCCGACAACAAAAUGAUAAGUUUCUCGAAGACACUAGAUUGGAUACCCCGCAGCCGUGUCCAGAGGCGUGCUCGUGCUGUUUUCCACCAAUCAGCUUGAUCCCUUGGGCCACUGAGGCUGGUGGUGGGUCCCCAUCGGAGGGGCUGGACCCACAAAGCUUUGUGUAAGGUGGUUCUUCUUGAUUGAUGGAUUGGAUAGAUGGAUGGUUGUAGAAGUGUAAGAAAGGAAAAUUUGUGGGGCGAAAAUGUAAAUAUUAAGGCAAGCAUAUUGGGUUUAAUUCUCUUCUUUAUUUAUUUAUGGGGACAAAAAGUAAAGAAAAGAAAAUUGGUUAUACAGUAUGGUGUUGUGUUUGGUAUAAUGCAACUAGACUAUUAUUUAUGUGA